AUGAAUACUGAAGUUCAUCCAGCAGAAAGUAUCCAUGGGAUUGUGCGAUCGAUGGAGGAUGUUGUCGGGUUAACUUUAACCGCUAAUCACAUUACACAAAGGCAUGUGGAAUAUUUACCGUAUCCUGAACAAACUACAGAAGAACGUCGAAUGAGUGAUGCGUGCUCGUUGGAACAAAUCUACUCGCAAUGUAACCAAACAUUUGCACGUGAUGAAACAGUUCAAGUUAUUAAACUAGAAGCAGAAAGAAUAUACAAUGCCGUUACUGAAUUUCUCUAUCCGUAUUUGUAUAGUAUAACUCUUCGUUAUGGAUCUACAUAUGAAUGGACGAUCAAAAGACGUUAUAGACAAUUUGCUGAGCUUCAUAAUGCCCUUCGAGAUUCUAUUAAAUUGGAAUUUAAAAAAUCUCGACUUGAUUUAAACAGUUCGCGAACAUCUAUCGAUCACAAAGAUUAUCCCUGUUUUCCUACUCAGAACGAUCGCAUUGGAUUUAUCAACGAAAGAAAUAUCAACGAGAGAUGCAAAAUGCUACAAAACUAUCUCAGCAAAGUUCUUGAAAAUCCAUUCUUUCGUGAACAUAUUGCUAUGAGAAAAUUUCUUCGAGUUAGUCCGCUGACAUUUGUUGAAGGUUUAGGAAAAAGUUUCGGAGAAGGAAACCUAUCGAAACGAUCCAAUGAUGAUCAUCGUGGUCGAUCAAUUCUAAUUCGCAUUCCACUUCUAUGUGACCCAUGUAAAGUUUUCCACGAAGACAAAUGGUUUGUUAUCAAAGAUUCGUAUGUUGUAUAUAUGACACUGAACUCCGCCCUUAUCGGUUUUCCAAUGCUUGUUGAUCAAGAUUUUUCGCUUGAUCGAACAUUUCGAAAAACACGAACGAAACAAGGAAUUCGCAUAAAAAACUCACAGCGUCAAAUGAUUGUUAAAUGUCGAGGCGAAGACGAGCGAAAUCUUUGGUUUGACGGCCUAAUGGAAAUGAAAGAGAAAUCGAUCUUUACGCAAAAUCACCUAUUUGACUCAUUUGCACCACAACGACAACAGCAGUAUGCUCAAUGGUUUAUUAAUGGUCAAUCGUAUAUGGAAGCGUUAGCUAAAGCGAUUUUAUCAGCACGUGAAGAAAUUUUCAUCAGCGAUUGGUGGCUUUCACCUGAAAUCAUGCUAGUUCGUCCAGCUCAUGAUGAUUCCAUGCGAUUGGACCAUCUUCUUGGCAAGCGAGCAAUAAAUAUAGGAAGAAGGCAUUCGUGUGUACGUGUUGAUCUUCAAAGAUAUCGUGAAAGUUGUUGAUUAAAGGUCAUUCGGCAUCCUGACCAUCGAAUAUUACCUGGCACUGAAUCGUCGUUUCUCUUUUCUCACCAUGAGAAAACUGUGAUCAUCGAUCAACGAUUGGCUUUUAUUGGUGGCAUUGAUCUUUGCUGGGGACGAUGGGAUACAGAUGACUAUCGAUUGGUUGAUUUGAGUGAUGAGAAUAUCACGGAAUUGAAACUUCCAGAAGAAAUAGCUCAAAAACCUGAAGAAGAAUCACAUAAAGAAGAAGCUGCUAUCGAAACAGCUGAUGAGAUGGCAACAAACUCGAAUGAGCACCAUCUAUUAUCGGAAAUAUUCGGCGACACAGACGAUACAGAAGAUAGAAAAAAACGUCGACAUGAGCAUAAAUGGCAACGUUUCAUUAAAAGAGAAAAAGCGGAAAGUACUGAUGACGACGAGAAUUCAUCUGAUGAAGAAGUCGAUGAAGUAUCCGACGAACGACCGAAACCAAUUGUUGGCGUUACGCCGGUUGCGGAUAGUAAAUGUCAGUUCUUUUUGGGCAAAGAUUAUUCAAACUAUUAUCAAAAAGAUUUUGAGUUCGUCGAAAAAUACGAUGAAGAUUAUAUCGACCGAAAACUUGCGCCCCGCAUGCCAUGGCAUGACGAAGUAUUGGCUGUUUCAGGUGAAGCAGCAAGAGAUUGUGCCAGACACUUCAUUCAACGAUGGAAUAUUCAUAAAGCAGAUAAAUUUCGUUUCAAUGAUAAAUAUCCUUAUCUUCUUCCAAAAACCGAUGAUGAUAGUCGACUAGCUGAUCCAUCUAUGCUUCAAGCAAUUCUUCCAGGUGAUCGUCCUCCUGUUCGCAUCGAUGCUCAAUGCGUUCGUUCAGCUUCGUUUUGGUCAUGUGGAAUUGAGAAAGUCGAACGUUCAAUUCAUACUGCUUAUAUUCACAUGAUUGAAAAUGCUGAACAUUUUAUCUACAUCGAAAACCAAUUUUUUGUCACAAUUGCUGAAGAUGAUACAAUAAAGAAUGAGAUCGGUGAAGCGCUCUAUCAACGUAUCAUUCGUGCACAUAAUAAUCACGAAAAAUUUCGAAUCUUUAUUCUUUUACCAUUGUUACCUGGCUUUGCCAAUAGUAAUGCAGUUCAAGCUGAGCUUUACUAUAUUAUGAGAUCGAUAAAUAAAGAUGAUCAAUCACUCUAUCAAAGAUUAAAACGAUAUGGAAUUGAGGAACCUGGACAAUAUGUGACGUUUAAUGGAAUGCGAAAUUGGGAUAUACUGAUGGGUAGUUUAGUAACGGAGAUUAUUUACGUUCAUUCGAAGUUGAUGAUUGUUGAUGAUCGAAUGUGUAUUUGCGGAUCGGCGAAUAUUAACGAUCGCUCGUUUCAAGGAACUCGAGAUUCGGAAGUAUGCUUAGUUGUCAAUGAUAUUGAAAUGGUUGAUUCACAUUUGAAUGGACGAUCGGAGAAAGUCGGUGUGUUCUGCUCUACUUGGCGAAAGAAAUUAUUCAGACAGGUGUUAGGUAUAAAAGAUGAUGACAAGAUCGACGUCGACGAUCCAUGUUCAGAUGAACUGUACAACUAUUUUUGUCAAAUAGCAAAGAAGAACACUGAAAUCUAUGAAGAAGUUUUCAAUACUGUACCAACAAAUAAAAUAAGGCGAUUCGCUGAUAUUGAAGAAUAUAACAAGCAAUCCAAAUUGAAAGAAACAGAUCCUCAUACAGCAUAUGAUAAAUGCAAACAGAUUCAAGGUUUUCUCGUGGAAUUUCCAAUAGAUUUUCUCGCUGAUGAUAAUAUUAAACCUAAGUGGAAUACACAAGAAGGCAUUGCGCCAAUGUCCUUAUGGACAUGA